AUGAAUGUUCCUAAUGUACGUCUUGCCCUUCGAAUGAAACUAUUACAAUUCUCUGAAAACGUUAGACCAGCCUAUCAUGGUACUUUUACUCAGAAAAGUCGUGUUGUGAAUGGUCGAAAGCCGUUUGCACAAGAUAACGAUGUAUUAGAUUAUGAGGUGGAUAGUGAAGCUGAAUGGGAACCUGAAGGUGAAGGUGAAGAUAUUCAUAGUGAUAAUGAAGAAGAAGAAGAUAUUAAUUCUGAUAUUAUUGAUCCCGAGGAUGCAGGUUGGCUUGUGCCUGAAGGAUAUUUAUCAGAUAAUGAAGGAGUUGAAGGAGAACAUGAUGAUGAUAGAGUGAUACAUAAAUCACUUCAAUAUCAUAAGAGUACGUCUAAACGUGUUGCUAUUCGUAAAAUUGUUUUAGGUCCUUUCUUUGAAGGUGAAACUGAAGAAGAUGAGACGAUGAAGCCUUUUGAAGCACAAUUUUUGUUAGAUAUACCCAAGGAAGGAUAUAAUCCUUUCUAUAAAGAGCCUGUAUCAAAAAUCUCUGCAAAUACUACAUUAACGACUAGCAGUAAUGGUAAUACAACGUCUGCUACAAGUCAUAACAAGAAUGAAUUUACUGAAGUGCAUACAAAUGCAUUAAUUAGUGUUAUUAAUGAAAAACCGUUAGAGUCUAUCCCUAGUUUAAUUACAGAGGCCAAAGCAAAUUGGAUAUUGAAAGAUGUGUCCAAGCGUCAAUUAGAGGCUAAAAUCAAAGAUAUUGCUGUUAAAGAAAAAAGAGGCUCUGAUACUGUAAGUUAA